UUUUUUUUUAACAAUGUGUGUUUUGACUCUUCAUGUUAGAUUUAUGUAAAGGAAGUAAAUCCCAAAUUCCUAGUCUAUUUGACUCUACCACUGUUUGCUGCGUGAUACAGAAACAUUAGAGGUUUUAACAUUCCUUGAAAUUUUAUUGGAAGCAGAACUGUGUCAGGGACACAGAUAGAUGCUGUAAGUUUCUCUUUUUGGCAACCCUGCUUGCUUUGAAUGAACCGAAUGUCAGCUGGAUUUCACAGCAUGUAUGAUUUACAGUCUGUUUUAUCAAGGCCUUAAAUGUAUGUCUUAUCCUAGGCAGAUGGGAAAUACGCGGAGCACUGUGUUUGACCUGUAUGCCUAAGGAAGGGAACUCCCCGAUGGAUCAUGGCGUUAAUGUUUACAGGACAUUUCUUAUUUUUAGCUUUAGUGGUGUUUGCUUUCUCUACUUUUGAGGAAUCUGUGAGCAAUUACUCUGACUGGGCAGUUUUCACAGAUGAUAUAGAUCAGUUUAAGACGCAGAAAGUGCAAGAUUUCAAACCCAGUCACAAGCUGAAGAAAAGUAUGCUUCAUCCAAGUUUAUAUUUUGAUGCUGGAGAAAUCCAGGCAAUGAGACAGAAGUCUCGUACAAGCCAUUUGCAUCUCUUUCGAGCUAUCAGAAGUGCAGUAACAGUUAUGCUGUCCAACCCCACAUACUACCUACCUCCACCCAAGCAUGCUGAUUUUGCUGCCAAGUGGAAUGAAAUUUAUGGUAACAAUCUGCCUCCUUUAGCAUUGUACUGUUUGUUAAGCCCAGAAGACAAAGUCGCCUUUGAGUUUAUCUUGGAAUACAUGGACAGGAUGGUUGGCUACAAAGACUGGCUAGUUGAGAAUGCACCAGGGGAUGAGGUUCCGGUUGGCCAUUCCUUAACAGGUUUUGCCACCGCCUUUGACUUUUUAUAUAACUUACUAGAUGAUCAUCGAAGACAAAAAUACCUGGGAAAAAUAUGGGCUGUUACUGAGGAGAUGUAUGAGUAUUCCAAGGUCCGUUCGUGGGGCAAACAACUUCUCCAUAAUCACCAGGCGACUAACAUGGUAGCAUUACUCACCGGGGCUUUGGUGACUGGGGUAGAUAAAGGAUCCAAAGCAAAUAUAUGGAAACAAGUUGUAGUAGAUGUGAUGGAAAAGACCAUGUUUCUGUUGAAUCACAUUGUUGAUGGUUCUCUGGAUGAAGGUGUGGCCUAUGGAAGCUACACAGCUAAAUCAGUCACACAGUAUGUUUUUCUAGCCCAGCGCCAUUUCAAUAUCAACAACUUGGAUAAUAACUGGUUAAAAAUGCACUUUUGGUUCUAUUAUGCCACCCUUUUACCAGGCUUCCAAAGAACUGUGGGUAUAGCAGAUUCCAAUUAUAAUUGGUUUUAUGGUCCAGAGAGCCAGUUGGUGUUUUUGGAUAAGUUUAUCUUAAAGAAUGGAGCUGGGAAUUGGUUAGCUCAGCAAAUUAGAAGGCACCGACCUAAGGAUGGACCGAUGGUCCCCUCCACUGCCCAGAGGUGGAGUACUCUUCACACUGAAUUCAUCUGGUAUGAUCCCCAGCUCACCCCACAGCCUCCUGCUGAAUAUGGUACUGCAAAAAUGCACAUAUUCCCUAACUGGGGUGUUGUCACUUAUGGAGCUGGGUUGCCAAAUACACAGACCAAUACAUUUGUGUCUUUUAAAUCUGGGAAGCUAGGGGGGCGAGCUGUGUAUGACAUAGUUCACUUUCAGCCAUACUCCUGGAUUGAUGGGUGGAGAAGCUUUAACCCAGGACACGAACAUCCAGAUCAGAACUCAUUUACUUUUGCCCCCAAUGGGCAAGUAUUUGUUUCUGAAGCUCUCUAUGGACCCAAGCUGAGCCACCUUAACAAUGUACUGGUGUUUGCUCCAUCACCCACAAGCCAGUGUAAUAAGCCCUGGGAAGGUCAACUGGGAGAAUGUGCACAGUGGCUCAAGUGGACCGGUGAGGAGGCUGGUGAUGCAGCAGGGGAAGUCAUUACUGCCUCUCAACAUGGAGAAAUGAUAUUUGUGAGUGGGGAAGCGGUGUCUGCUUACUCUUCAGCAAUGAAGCUGAAAAGUGUGUAUCGUGCUUUGCUUCUCUUAAAUUCUCAAACGUUGCUGGUUGUUGAUCACGUUGAGAGGCAAGACAAUUCCCCAAUAAAAUCUGUCAGUGCCUUCUUUCAUAAUCUGGACAUCGAUUUUAAGUACAUCCCAUAUAGGUUUAUGAACAGGUACAAUGGCGCCAUGAUGGAUGUGUGGGAUGCACACUACAGAAUGUUCUGGUUUGAUCAUCGUGGCAAUAGUCCCAUUGCUAGUAUACAAGAGGCAGAGCAAGCUGCUGAAUUUAAGAAACGGUGGACUCAGUUUGUUAAUGUCACAUUUCAGAUGGAAUCCACAAUCACAAGAAUUGCAUAUGUCUUUUAUGGGCCAUAUGUCAAUGUUUCCAGCUGCAGAUUUAUCGAUAGUUCCAGUUCUGGACUUCAGAUUUCUCUCAAUGUCAAUAAUACUGAACAUGUUGUUUCCAUUGUAACCGACUACCAUAACCUGAAGACAAGGUUCAAUUACCUGGGUUUUGGUGGCUUUGCCAAUGUGGCUGACCAGGGCCAGAUAACCCGAUUUGGUUUGGGCACUCAAGCAAUAGCAAAGCCCAUAAGACAUGAUAGGGUCAUUUUCCCCUUUGGAUUUAAAUUUAAUGUAGCAGUCGGAUUGAUUUUGUGCGUUAGCUUGGUGAUUUUAACCUUUCAGUGGCGGUUUUACCUUUCUUUUAGAAAGCUAAUGCGGUGGAUCCUAAUCCUUGUUAUUGCCUUGUGGUUUAUUGAGCUGCUGGAUGUGUGGAGCACUUGCACUCAGCCCAUCUGUGCAAAAUGGGCAAGGACGGAGGCCGAGGCAAGCCUGAAGUCUUUGUCUUCCGAAGGGCACCACAUCGAUCUUCCCAACGUCGUCAUUACCUCACUUCCUGGUUCGGGGGCUGAAAUUCUCAAACAACUUUUUUUCAACAGUAGUGAUUUUCUCUACAUCAGAGUUCCUACAACCUACAUCGAUAUUCCUGAAACUGAAUUUGAAAUUGACUCAUUUGUAGACGCCUGUGAAUGGAAGGCAUCUGAUAUCCACAGUGUGCAUUUCCGUUUGCUCCGAGGCUGGUUGCAGUCCUUAGUUCAAGACACGAAACUACAUUUGCAAAACAUCCAUCUGCAUGAACCCAGUAGGGGUAAACUGGCCCAAUAUUUUACAGCCAAUAAGGACAGAAAAAGAAAAUCGAAAAGGAGAGAGUCUUUGCCAGAACAAAGAAGUAGAAUGAAAGGCACCUUUGAUAGAGAUGCUGAAUAUAUUAGGGCUUUGAGGAGACACCUGGUCUAUUACCCAACCGCACGUCCUGUGCUCAGCUUAAGCAGCGGGAGCUGGACCUUAAAGCUUCAUUUUUUUCAGGAAGUUUUAGGAGCUUCUAUGAGGGCAUUGUACAUAGUAAGGGACCCUCGGGCAUGGAUUUAUUCAAUGCUGUACAGUAGUAAACCAAGUCUCUACUCUUUGAAAAAUGUACCAGAGCACUUAGCUAAAUUGUUUAAAAUAGAGGGAGGUAAAGGAAAAUGUAACUUAAAUUCAGGUUAUGCUUUCGAAUAUGAAUCGUUGAGGAAAGAAUUAUCAAAAUCCAAGUCAAACGCAGUCUCCCUGUUGUCUCAUUUGUGGCUGGCAAACACAGCAGCAGCCCUGAGAAUAAAUACAGAUUUGCUGCCUACCAGCUACCAGCUGAUCAAGUUUGAAGAUAUUGUACAUUUUCCUCAGAAAACCACUGAAAGGAUUUUUGCCUUUCUUGGAAUACCUUUGUCUCCUGCUAGUUUAAACCAAAUACUGUUUGCCACCUCCACAAACCUUUUCUAUCUUCCCUACGAAGGGGAGAUAUCACCAACUAAUACUAAUGUUUGGAAACAAAACCUGCCUAGAGAUGAAAUUAAAUUGAUUGAGAACAUCUGCUGGACACUGAUGGAGCGUCUAGGAUAUCCAAAGUUUAUGGAUUAAAUGCUGCAGGUCAGCAGAGAUUUGCACUAAUACUUCGCAACCUGGUUUGUGGAUGUGAAUUAACGAGAGUUUGUUUAUUCUUGUACUAUGUGCGUGUGUGUGUGCGUGUGCGCGUGUGUUCAGUUUGUUACUUGCACAGAGAUUAUUUUAAAAAUAGGCACCAUAUUUGGUCUAGCAGGAUUUAUUUUUACAUCACCGCUAUCCCUGCCUUUGUUUCUGAAUUUUUUUUUUUUUUUUCCUACCGAAACGUUCCUACUACAGAGGCAUAGAUAAAGUUAUGUGAUGGUGGUCGGGGGAGGUAGGAAGAUUUUACAGGUUUUUGUCUAGCUGUCUCCCUCGUCUGUAACUGUGCUGAUCUAUCUUGGAACCUCAAACACUGCUAAAGGCCUUUCAAUUGCUGCUUUGCCCAAGCAUCUCUUCCUUUCAAGAUGGACUACAAAAGUUCCUUAUCUUUUUUAAAGGAUCUUCUAACACAUUUAUCUUGCACCAAAAAAAAAAAAAAAAAGUUGUUUUUUUUUUUUUUUUUUGUAUUUUUUUUUUUAACUGUAUAUAAUGUUCAGUGUUAUCACUGGGGAAAUGGUGAAAGCUCCUAUCAGAACUAUAGGAUUCCUUCUGGAAAAAAUACAGAUGGAAACACAGAAUGAACAUUUUUUUUGAGGUCAGCAACAGUGAUCUCAAAAGCCUCCUUAAAGUUUUUUACUUAGAAGUAAUAAAGAGUCAGUCUUUGAACAAUCUGGGUGCCAAGGGCUGGUAGAGUAUUUUAGACUUGCCUGUAUGUUUAAAACUCUCUUUUCUCUUUCUUGCCUCCUUGAAGCUACAGCUGUUCCCAUCACACCACUUGCACCGCACCAUGUCCUUUCUGUCACUGUCAUGCAGAACAGUCCGUGUUACUAAUUGUUGAAGUCCCGACAUUGGUGGGGAUUUUUUUUCCCUGAUGAUUAAUUUUGCAUUAAAGCCUGACACUUAGAAUCAAAUUUCUUUUUGUGGAAUUAUCACUGCAUGACUCAGAGAAAGCAAUGCCACUGCUGCCAGUGUUUUUUUAGACUGGAAACAGAGUUGGAAAACUGCCUGACUUAUCCUGCAUCCCUUUGAAUGAGUUUACAGACUGCCAGUGUCUGCAAAAGUUGAAGGCAAAUGGGAGAUGAUGUCAGAGGCAUCUGUUUCCUUUACCAUCUGCAUCUUAUUAUAAAUGUAGUCGUCAUAAAAUGUGGUUCAUUUUAUUUUGGUAAGCUCUGAAAUCAAAAUGCCGUGCCAUUAUAAGCCAGUGCAGUAAUUACAAUGCAUUGGAUAAAUACCAUUACGCAGUGUCGAGACCUGAUGAAAAUCUCUGUACAGAUUGCAGUCUUCCUGACGUUUCAGACUAGUUUCCUCAAGCUCUCGAACACUUGAGAGUCUGUCAUUCUGACCUAGAUAAAAGUGGUUCUUUCUCAGUAGUUUGUUAUGUCAAAAUGUGUCUCCAGAGUGAUAAAGCUGUGGAUAUGUUACAUUCCAGCUAAACCUAACGUGGCUGUCACUUCUCUUCCACUAUAGCAUGAAUGCAGACCGCUCCUGUUCCCCUACAUCUCCUUCCUUCCCACUGCUCUCCCUUUCUCUUCACAAUGUCAAAAUUAAUGCAAUCAUAUUGUAUUAAUAUAGGUUGAGAGGGCAGCUGAAGACCUGAAUCUACAGUUAUUCUCAAGGAAGGUUAUUCUACCUAUCUCAGGGUUAUCAACAACCAUGUAAAAAUUGCUCCAUGGAUGAGAACACUGUUUCCAUUAUUGGGCAUAGUGUCAGUGUUUGCUUUCAAUUCCCAGGAUGUGUGAUCUCAAAUCAGAUCAAAUAAGGCUUUGGGUUGGCAGUAAUAGCAGAUCUGCUCAAGGUAAGAAUUACAAAUGUGUGCAGAACCCGUACCACUGCCUUUUAACUUUGCAGAAACACCCCCACGGGGAAGGAGGGAACCAGGUUGAGUAUGGGGAGGAAUCUGAGGAGAGGUGGGGAAAACAAUAAAGAAUAGCUGUGUGAAUGAUACGGGGGCAUGUUAUUGCUAGCUAAAGAAAGGGACAGAUUCACCAAAAUGUUCUUCACUGUGUGUCCUUUCACCCCCACACAGCAACACUAAGGUGAGGCUCCCUGGCACUGUCCUCGCCCACCUGCACCCCAAGGGAAAGUUUGCUGGAAGAGACCUCUAUUUACAGAUUUCCCACGUGAGGAAUGUGAUGGGUGAGGGAUGACCCAGCCUUUGGAUCUGCACGCAAAUGUUCAUGCUUGGGACCCCUUGCCUUAUACUAAUGCCUGAGGUGACCGGUGCCCAGAACAUCCAGGUCCUGCAUCCUUAGGGUGUUAGAUCCAGAAAAAUUCAAAAAGUCUCCACACUUAAUUUUAUUCUCACCAUCUUGAAAAUAAUUAAAGGGAUGAUUGUCACUAUGUGACACUUCUAAAGCAAACACCAGUCUUGAAAUUAAAAAAAAAGACUUUACUCACGAGUAACAAAUGCGGUGGUAAUAAUAUAUAUGGUUCUCAAAAGUUAGAAAUAAUGCAAAUUACUCACUUCGGAUGAAAGAAUAAGACCAUAUCCAGAACUGAGUUUACUGUAAUGAAUUCUGGAGAGAAUAGGAAGUAGGAGACUCUCUUCAGGAAAAGCAAGAUGAAUUGAUGAGUAUGCCUAAAUUUAAUUGAUAGAAACCUAAAGUGGCACAAGUUUUAAGCAAAUAAGAAUAUGUACAUAUUAGGCAAGUACCUGUUAAUAAAGGUUUUAAAUUAAAAACAAAAACAAGCCCACAUACAUAUUAGAACUAGACCCCAAAUAUUAAACCUUUGGUUGGCUGUCUUUUUAAACCAACAGAGAAUUAGUAAAUACCUGGCAAGAAUGGGUGUUAAAACUCCCAGGCAUGGCAGAGGACUUCCAAGAAACCUUCAGCAAAUGUAUUCAAAGAAGAAGCUGCCCUCCACCCACACCAGUGCAUCUUAAACAUUUUCCUUUUGUGGAAGUGUUGCAUACUUUUGAUUAACAUUGUUUAUCAGCACUUUCCGGUGCAUCAUCAAAGAUCCUAGCCAUUCUUGAUAUGUAAAGCAUAUCCAAUUAUGUGUGAGUAGACAUUAGCAAUGGUUUUAAAAUCACUACAUUUGAUUGGCUUGAUUAACUGAUGAUAAUUAGAAAAAUAUUCACUGAUUAAUUUAGGAAAAAAAUGUAAGUAGAAGGCAAUAUGUAAUACCAUUUCCAGAGGUAAGGAUGCCUAAUAUAGAAGAUAUCAAGGAAUUUAACAUGUGGACUAUUUACUGCUUAUUUAAAUGUGGCUAAAGUGUGCCUAAUAUAUAUAUAAAAUAUCUGCUAAGGCAGUUUUUUCCAUUACUUGAUCAGUGUCAUUCCCUUCAUGUUGGCAGAAAAAUUUAAAUAAUAUGCUAAGAACUAAAUGAAUUUUUGCACAAAGGAUGAUAGGAACGUCAAGCAAUGGAUUCUAACGUUCUCUAACUUGUAGAUGCUUGAGCUAUAAUUUACAUGAGCUUUUGUUACAUUUAUUUCAAGUAACGUGUACAUAUUUAAUUAAUUCUGUUUCCAAAUAUAGGUUCAGCUAAGGCUUCCAAACGAUAGAGGGUUUCAUUUUUUGUGUUUGUUUUGUUUUUCACACUUACCCAAUUAUUCAGUGAAGAAAAGAUAGACUGAGAUCAUAAACUAGCGUAUUGGAACUAUGUGUAUAACAAGACUCCACUACUAGUAAAUGAAAAGCUAAAGGCAACUUGGCUAUGGUUGGGAUAAUUUUCUAAUAACUCUCUUUAGACCUUUGGGUGACUGUGAGGAUUUUAUGUGGAGCUGAGAAGGCAGGGACUUGAAACAGGGCACAUUGAAUACUGAAAUUCAGCCUCAGAAUUUCAGCCACAAAACUUUUACCUUUCAGUGAUGGUGCUUAAUCCCAGCUCUGUCUCUGUCUUUGACUCAUUGCAUUCUUUAUACAUCACCCCAGUUACUAAAUAGCAAGAGCAUCCCUGUACUAUGCACAUGUGCUCUACAUUUGUCCCUGCUGCUAUUGGUAAGAUCUUCAUGCUGCAUAUGUUACUCAUGAAAAAGAUUACCUGAGACAUUUUGAGUUUGGUGCACAGGACUGGCAUGGAACUUUUUAUUUUUUAUUUUAUUUUUUUAAAGAAGGGUCUUUAGCAAAUGGAUCUCUGAUGUGCUCCUCAUUGAGCCAUAGGAUUUUAGGUCUCCUAAAAUCCUCACAACAACUUUACAUGGUACUUCUUUUACAAAUAAAUUUGAAACCCUUAUCAUCUCUAUAGGAAAUCUAGUUUUUUUGCAAGGGAAAUUUUAGUGGAUAUACAGUUUAUCAGUUCAUUUAUUCACUAUACCUUUUGGGUAUCUAUCUUCUGGAUCCUUUUUUUUUUUUUUUUUUUUAAUCUUAUGGAUCCUGAUCAGUGUGAGGGAAAAACAGAAAAAUCAGUUGACUAUGUUCCUGCUGUGUGAGGAAUUGGCAGUCUUUACAGACUUCAAAGCUAAUAGGAAUUCACCAAGAAGUCGACAAGGGGGAACAUGCCAGCUAAUAGGAAUUCACCAAGAAGUCGACAAGGGGAACAUGGUGGGGUGAUGACCACCAGAGGAAAGACACUAAAUAGUUGUUUUUCAGUAGACCUGGUUUCUUUAUUUCUGAAACGGUGGUUGUGAGGAAAGGAGUCAUUUACUGAGAGGAAGUUAUGACUGGUAAACUUGGAUGAAGAUCAUCACUUUUUUUUUUUUUUCCUAAAUUAGGUUUUGGCUCUGGCCGUCAUAGGACAUCCCAUCAAUGAGUAGCUUUUCCAAAAGACCAGUGUCAAUAGAACAAAACCAGCACUCGCUCUUUCCCCAUUCCCACUCACUCAACCAACACUAUUCACAACAAAGAAAUUUGGUUGUAGGUGAGUAUCAAGAGACACUCUGAAAAGAAUGUGUGAAUGAGGUCUGACUGGUGUGUGUGUGCAGAUCAUUCUAGUAAUGGCAGUAAGAAGGAGAACACCAUGUUCUUCAUCCAGAGUCCAACUGGCCAAUAGCAUCUUUUCCUGUUCCUCCUCUCCCAGUGCUUCCAGACCCACAUUGCUAGGUACAGCUAUCAAUACUGGGAAUGCAAAAGUGAACAAAACCUGUGGCGCUGACAGUCUAGUGGGGAUUAGAAAGAAACACAUUCUUAUUUUGCAUUUCACAAUGUUUCUAGUUCAAAGGAGUCUGCAGCAAAUGGGAGUGCAUACUUGUGUCAAAUCUGUGGCUAACAAUCUAAUAUACUCAGGUGGAAUUCAUUUAAGGAAAAAAAUCUGGUCUUUCCUACGUCAUGUAAAUAAUACCAGUAGGAAGGGAGGAAAAGAGAAAGAAGGAAGGAAGGAAUGAAUGAACUUAGAGCACAGAAAGUAAGGUACACAGGAGAAUACUCCUAUAACAAUUGUGUUAAUUCUAUGAACUAUUUAAAAAUCUCUUUGAAAUCUUUUUUUUUCUUUGUCUUUGAAAUCUUAUUGUAGGUAAACCUUGAGAAAAAUGAUAAAGUAUAAUUUCAGCAAAUCUUUUUCAUAAUACACAAUUACCCUUUCUGUUUUAUUUCUUUAAACUAUUUUUGUAUUGUGCACUCUUAAGAUCAAAUGUAAUUUUUUGAAGUAUAUUAGCUAACACUGAUGUUGAAUUUUACUUAUAUGUUUCAGGUUUUCAAAUGUCAGAGAUAUGUGAUGUUUUAUCUUAUGUCAUCUUCCUCUCUCUUUGGGAUAUACACAUUGUUCUUAAUGGUUUAAGGAAGCAAACUUUCACACACAUGCAUCACCUGCGCUGCUCUUCAUUCAUAUUAUUUUUUCUUUUCGGAAACGGAUUGAGCUCCCAGUCACUGUCACUUGCCUCACUUAGGAUGUGAGCACUAGAAACUCUUCAAUCCCUACAUUAAAAUCUGGCACCCCUCUGUACACAAUGCAUAACACACUUCUUAUUUAUUGCAUGAUGCAAAUAAUUCUCUAAACCCUUAUUGUACUACAGUGAAAGAAUAUUGCCCAUUUUUUUCUGGUAUUUAUUUAUUAUUUUAAUUAUGUAUUCAUUUAUUCCUUCACUUUGUUCCAAAAGAUUAAUUUUAUUGUAGAUUGGUUUAAAGUACAUGAGAUUUUAAAAUAUGGCUAUUUUAACUAUAUUACGCCUUUUUAAUCUGAUGCUUAAUGUCAUAUUUCACAAAAUUUUGAAGGGGAGAUUUAUUCAUGUGUAAAAAAACACAGUAUGACCAACAAGUGAUGAAAUUGCUUUCGUAAGAUACCUAUACAAAGAUAAGUGAAUAUAAAGAAUGCAGUUAAUAAAAGUCAGAUGUUUUUACUUUUCAUUAUCAGACAUUAACCUGAGCCCUGUGGCUAUUUCAAUGCUAACAGUGCACAGCAUGCUUACAGUGGGUUUUUGAGCACCAACAAACUGUGGCUACUUCUCCAGAUUUACUAAAAUAAACUGAAUUGCACACACAUUCAAUUUGUCUUCUACCCACCACUAAUUAUAAAACUAUCAAAAAAAUGCCAUUGUGGAACACAUGAGUAGAAAGGUACCUGCUUGUGCACACACGUGCCCACUUGGCAGAGUUGCAUUACCAUAGGAGGCCUACGGUCUUCUCUGAAUAACUAGCAGACAACUCCUGGGGGUCUUCCACAGGCUGUUUGUACCUUCCCCCCAUUUCCUUGCUUAAUUUGAAGGAGGCCAUUUCUGUUAAAAUGUUACAUUUAUAUAACACUUUUAUAUAUUAUAUGAGCUUUGAAAUCAGAAAAAAAAAAAAAAACCCUGAAUACAAACCCUAGGUCAGUAAGUACUGACCAGCUGUGAGGUUUGGGGCAACUUUCCUAAUUUUAAGUCUCCAUUACCCCUCUGUAAAACUUCCCUAGAGUCGAUGCAUGGAUUAAAUAAAACCACAUGUAAAAAAUCAUGGAACAGUUCUUGUUUCCUCUUUGUGCUCACCUACAAUUCUCUGGUCUUUUAUGUUUUAGUUUAGUAUUUAAAUUAUCCUCUAUUUUACCAUAGUAUUGAACAUAUCAAUUGAGUCAAAGGAACAUAAAAUCACACUUACACAAUUAAUGCAUUAAUUGAAAGCAGUGCUUUAUGUUCCCAUUUCAAGAAAAAAAAAUAUUGCAACUUUCACUAAGUUCAGCUUCCAUGUCUUUGUCCUUUCCAGAGCCACAGGUCUUUUGCUAUUUUUUUUUCCAGAGCAUAUCAUAUACUGAGUUUCAUUGAGAUAGAGACCAUUUUGAAUUUAAUUGUGAUGCUAUGGAAAUCGUAUUUCAUAUCACAAGUGCCAUUUGUGUAACACUAAGCAUAAAUUAUGCCUAUACCUUCAUUCAACAGAUACUUAAUUGUGAUCUUCUGUAUUGUAACCAUUGUAUUUUUUCCAUUUUAUUUUUUCCACUUACUAUGAAGUGAGCAUGAAAGCUAAGGUAUUUAAGACUAUGUGGGAAUAUCACUCCAAACAAAGAUUGCAUCAAUAUAUACAAUUAUUUGAUCUGUGAAGAAUAUUUUUCUGUUAAAUCACAUGUCAUUUGCACAUAUUCUUCGGCUGGGGUAAAAUUCUACAGUUUCUUAUCCUAUAGUUGAUUCUUGGUAAGUUUGGAUGCUUUCUGACUUCCAUGGCUAUAUAUGGGGACCCAAGAGUAAAUUCCAGAGUCUCUAGCCAGAAACUCAGCCUUCCAACAACGAGUGCAAAAGAGAAUGCCCGUCUGUAUUAGGUCCAACUGCUGCAGACCUAUGGUAGUAGGAUUCAUACCAUUGAUAGAAAUUCUGUUCCCUGAUGAUUUUCCUUUGGUAUUGCUCUCUACAUUCUUACUAGGUGUGGUUCACUAUAUAUAUUAGAAAUUACUACUGUGUUGAUACUUUUUUCCUUUGUUAGAUAUUUUUCUUUUAAUUUGAGAACUGGGGAGAGAGAGAGAGAGAGAGAGAGAGAGAGAAUGCACACGAGUGGUAGGGAGGGGGAAAAGCAGACUCCUUGCUCAGCAAGGAGCCCCACGUGCGGCUCGAUCCCAGGACCCGGGAAUCAUGACCUGAGUGGAAGGCAGACAUUUAACCAAUUGAGCCACCCAGGUGCCCCUAUUAUGCUGAUUCUUUCACAUGCCAACUCUACUUCCCUCAUUUAUCAAUCUGUAGAUAUUAUGGGUAUUCAAAAUAGGUUACAGUAAUAUGUUGACAUUGAAAAGUUGUGUUGACCCUAUCUGGGAAGUCAGAAGCCCUCCUCUAUGAUAUUGAUAAGUUUCUGUGGCCAGAGGUAGAACUUAAGAGUGAGAAUUUAUAUACUCACAUAUUCUACAUUAUGGUACAAAGCAUAUUUGAGGGACGCCUGGGUGGCUUAGUAGUUGAGCGUCUGCCUUUGGCUGAGGGCCUGAACCCGGGGCCUGGGAUCAAGUCCUCCAUGGGGCUCCCUGUGGGGAGCCUGCUUCUCCUCCUGCCUAUGUCUCUGCCUCUUUCUCUCUCUCUGUGUCUCUCAUGAACAAAUAAAUAAAAUAUUUUUUAAAAAAGCAUGUUUGAUACAAAAGAAAUUAAUAGAAUGAAUAAAAGUAUGACUGUCACCCCACAAUUUAUGCUAGAGGCUAAGCCUUCCAUCUGAUCUUCCAUUAUCACCUCCUGCUGCUCCGGACAGUGAUCCCAGAGGGGACAUCUAUCCUGAGUUUCUGUUUACUAUUUCCUUGCUUUUCUUUAUAGCUUCACAUAUGUGUCUGUCCUUGUCAACAUAAUGUAUACUUUUGCAUGGUUUCAAACAUUAUGUACACAGGAACAUACUACAUAUAUUUUUAUGCAACUUGCUUUUCUUUCCUCAAAAUCUAGUGUGUCUACUGCAUUUUGAUGUUCGUAGGUGAAGACCACUUAUUUCCAACAUGGUGGUGUCCCAUUAUAUGAAUAUGCCAUUAUCUAAACAUGCCAUACUUUAUCUUCUAUCUUGCUCGACUUGGGAAAUAUCCACAUAUUGCGUGUAAAAAUUGUGUAUGUUCUGUAAUGUACCUGUGUAAGAAUAUUGUUACUGUGUUUUGUUUGUACCCCACUGCCACUCCAACCUUCUUCCUGGUUGUGUGUGUGUGUGUGUGUGUGUGUGUGUGUGUGUGUGUGUGUGUGUGUUUAGGACUGAAAGAACAUCCUCAACUAUUUUAGAUGAUGCCAAGUUAGUAUUUUUUUAGAUGAUCCUUACAAACUGACACUCUAGCCAUUAUAAGAAAGUUUCCAUUGCUUUAUAUUUUCUCCUAUAUUUGACAUUUUCACACCUUUUAAAUAUUUUCCCAUCUGAUACAAUGAAAAGGAGUCACAUUUUUCUUUUCUGGAUGUGGAAAGAUGAAGCUGGGAUUGAAAGGUGUCACAUUUUUGUUUUAUUUGCAGUCCUUUGAUUAUUAAUGACAUAUAGCACAUGCACCCUGGUGUGUGUGUGGGUACACACAUAUAUAGUACUCCUUUCUAUUUCCAUUUGUGUUUCUUCUUUUGUGAAAUGAAAUCCAUGUUCAUGUCUUCCAUCCAUUUUUCUAUCGAGUUCAUUCUUUUUUCUUACUGAUUCAUUGGAGUUUACCAUAUAUUAAUAAUACUAAUCCUUUUUUGGUUGUAUGUAUUGUGAAUAGCUUUUCUGUUUAUAGUCUCAUGAUCCUUGUACUAUAACUUUUGGGAUGUGUUUCGAUACCCAGAUGUUCUUCAUAUGAAUGUAAGUGAAUGUCAGUGUUUUUUCCUUUAUUAUUUAUACCCUUUUUGCAUCGCAUUAAAGAAUCUUCUCUAGGGUCUUAGCAAAGAAAAUGUUCUCCCCAAUUUUAUUCUGAGCAUUUUUAUUGUUUAAUCAUUGUCUAUUGCUGCAAAACAAUAUUACCACAAAUAUAAUGGCUUAAAACAAUACAUUUACUGUCUCAGUUUCUGUGCUGUGGGUCAGGGAUCCAGGCAUGGCUUACCUGGCUCUUCCCUCUGGGCCCCUCACAGAACUGUAAGCAAGGUGCUGCCUAGGAUGGGGCUCUCACUCGGAACUCACCCUGGGAAGCUGGCUUCUGAGCCCACACUGGUCUUGGCAGGAAUCAGUUUCUUGUGGGUUGUUGGACUAAAAGCCUCAGUGCUUUUCUGGCUGUUGGCUGGAGAUCAUCCUCAGUCAUUUACCAUAUGGGGUUAUCCAUAUGUCAGUUUCCUUCACAAAAGACAGGAUGAGAGAGAAUCAGUAGAAAACGUGCUAACCAUGUAGCAUAUUCAUGGAAGCAACACCUAAUCAAGUUUGGUUAGAAGCCAAAUCACAGGUCCCACCCACAGCCAAGGAAAAUGGCAUGGAUACCAGGAGCUGUAAUAAUUGGGGGACAUUUUAGAAUCCAUUUGCCACAGAUUUUGUCUUUUAUAUUUAAAUAUUUAAUCUGCUUCCAUUAAUCGUUGUGUUUAUUCUGAGGGUUUUUUCCCCCCUGUAUGAGUAAACUGCUGUCCUAGACUGAAAAGAUUGAAACACUUUUUUUUUUCCCCACACCAUCUACCAUCCCUACCACAUAUCAGGUCCUUAUGUUUUGUGUCAGUCUAUUUCUGAGUUCUCUACUUCAUUCUGCUGGCAAAUUUGAUUAUGCCAAUGAUAAUACCACACUGUCUUAAUUACUAUUGUCUUUUUGUUAGCCUGGAAUCUGGCAAGACAAGUCUUUUUAUUUUCUCUUCCCUCCACAUACAUUUUAGAAUUAAUUUGCACAGUUCCUCAAAACAAACAAGAACAAUACAUGUUCAUUGUAAAUGCAUUACAUCAGUUUUGGAGAAUUCACCUCUUAAUUAGUCCCUAUCCAGGAGCAGAUAUUUCCCCUUUAUAUAAUACUACAUUUGUUAAUCUUUUGAUAGAUUUCAGUCUGAGCACUUUAUAUAUUGUUACUGCAGUGGAUGAUAUUUGUUUUUAAUUAUCAAUUAUAACUGAUACUAGUACGUAGAAAAUGCAGUUGAUUUUUGUGUAUUUCUAUUGUAUCAGGGACAUUAUUAAAUCUUAUUACUAAUUUAAUAAUUUAUCUGUAAAUUCUUUCAAAAUUCUUACAUAGAGGGUUGCAUAAUGUGUAAUUAUAACAUCUGAUAACUUUUUAAUGUCAUUACUGCAUUUGUUGGGGUUCCUAUAAAAUACUAAAAGGAUGUAGUCAUAGUGAAUAUUCGUGUACUGUUCCUAAUGUGAACGGAGUGGUUUUGCAUUUCACCAGUGAGCAAACGGAUGCUGUGUGUGUUCCGUGGAUUCACCUUAUCACUGUGUGGUAUUCCCUUCUGUUCCUAUUUUGAGAAAUGACCUUUUAUCAUCAGUGCAUGAUUGAGAUUUAUUCAAUGAUUUUGGCAUUUAUUUUGAUAGCCAUAUGUUUCUUUGCCUUUAUCUAUUAAUGUAGUACAAUACGUGAACAUUUUUUUUCGUAUGAGAUUAAACCAAACUGGAUUUGCAAGGAUAAACCCAGCUUGGGAAUGAUUUGUUAUAUUUCUAUAUGUUGCUGGAUUGAGUUUGUUAAUAUUUAACUUAGGAUGUUGACAUCAGCACUUGUAAUUGUGAUUUUCUCAUACUCUUCUUACCUAAUUUUGAAGUCAACUUACUUGUCACAUAAAAUAAAUUGAGGACGUUCUAUUUUUGUAUUCUCUGGAAGAGUUUGUGUAAGAAUGAAAUGAUCUAAUAUGAAGAAUAUUAGGACUCAUUUGUAAAAACCACCUGGUCAUUGUGUUUUAUUUGUAGAAACAUUUUAACCGUGUAUACAAUUGUAUUGAUGGUUGUAGGCUUGUUUUAUUGAGGUCAUGUGUUUAUUUUGAAACCUAUUUUGGACAAAAGAAUUUGUCUUUUUAAUGUUCACGUAUAUUGACCUAAAUUUGCUCAAAAUGCAUUCUGCUGUCUCUUUCUAAUUAUCCAACCACACAAAUUUUUUCCAUCCCUAGUAAGUGUGCCUUAUUUCUUUUUGUUCCUUUAUCAAGGUUUGCCCUUUAUUUAAGCCUUUUCAAAGACUAACUUUUGGCUGUUUUUGUUCCUCUUACUAUUUUAUAUUUAUCUGAUAUUGCACAAUUUUGGCUCUUGAUCUUACAUAUUCCCUUCAAACUAUUUUAGUUAUUUUCUCUAAUUUGCUGUUUUGUUGUGCUUUGUAUGUUUAAUUAUAUGCCCUCCCUUUUUUUUGUCAAUGCCCAACACCCCAAAACCACUGGGAACAAAGGGGGUUUAUUGUUUAUUACAAUAAAAAGGAUCGAUAUAGUACACCUUUGCCCUAAGUUAGCUGUUGUUGGGAAGUGGGGUAAUUCAAUGAUUGGGUGUCUGAAUAAAUCUUUCUAGAAAGGGGGAAAAUUAGAGGCUAAAUCUGUAAUUGGUUAAGAAGUAGUUGUCACUCCUAUUAUUAGAAGAGAGGGAUAUGUAGAGUAUUCUGUGGCUUGGAAAAUAGUCAUGUUUUCUCUGUCUCCAAACACAGUUAUGGAGUGGUCUUGUUUGUGUCUUGAUCCAUCUCAGUCACAGAGUUGCUCUGUUCUUUGAAAUAAUUUAUGAUCAGUGGAGGACAGCAGACUGAUGGCAACAGGCCAGCUUCUGGAUGUUAAGAACUAUUUUUUUAAGCCUCAUUUAAAAAUAUUUAUUCUUUUCAUUAUGUUAAUCCAAGGCUACCAAUUUACCUGGAAAGUCAUGUUGGUUGUAGUCACACAUUUUAAUGUGUAGUUUUAACCUUAUCCUUUCUAAGUGUUUUCUCAAUCCCACUGUUAUCUCUUAUACGACCAUGUGUUUUCUUAUAUUUAUAGAGUUUCUCUAUAAAAACUGUCACUUUUUAUCUUCAGUACAUUGCAGUCAGAAACUAUGAACUGAAUGGCACCAAUUUUGUCAAAUGUAAGGCUCUCUGCCUGGAUAUGGAUUGAUAUCUGGUAAAAAGUUUUUUUCUGGUUAAUUUUUAUAAAAAUGCUAUAUGGGUUGUAUAAAAUUAGUGGAUAUUCUCCACUUGUUGGGUAAGGUGUUCUGAAAAUCUGCUGGCUAUCAUGUGACAAUUUUCUUAUUCAAACACAUGUAUCCAUAUGAGUUUUUCCCAAUCUUUCAACUACUAUAAAAGCUUUAUGUCAUUAAAGGCAUAUGCAUGCUAUAUUUAGUAUUUAUUAUAAAUUUUGUAAAUAGAGCCUUAAUGAGACUCUUUUCUAGCAUUGCUUUUGGCUUAAACAAUGCUUUUUGGAUGAUACUAGAUUACAAACUUCCCCUUUGUUUAUAUUAGCCUAUCAUGUAAUAUUUUAAAAAGAUUUUAUUUAUUUAUACAUGAGAGACACAGAGAGAGAGAGAGAGUGUGUGUGUGUGUGUGUGAGAGAGAGAGAGAGGCAGAGACACAGGCAGAGGGAGAAGCAGGCUCCAUGCAAGGAGCCGGAUGUGGGACUCCAUCCUGGGUCUCCAGGGUCGGUCCUGGGCUGAAGGCAGCGCUAAACCGCUGAGCCACAAGAGCUGCCCUUUAUCAUGUAGUUUUUAUCUUGAUGUUUUAAAACAUUUUUGGCCUUUAUUUAUGUAUUUAUGUUUGUAGAUUUUGAAAGAGAGCGUGGAGGGAGGGGAGGAGGGAGAAGAAGAGAGAGAAUCUUAGACGAGCUCCAUGCCCACACCCCAGGCAGGGCUUAUCUCAGAGUCCUGAGAUCAUGACCUGAGCUGAAACCAAGAGUCAGAUGCCUAACUGCCACCCAGGCCGGCCAGAAUUAUGCUUUUAAAAUACAUCUUGUAAACAGAAUGUAAUUGGAUAUUUAUUCCUUUCUAAAAUCAUUAUUUUUGUUAUUUGAAGUGUUUGAUUUCAUUGUGAUUAUUCAUAUGCUUGGAUUUAUUUAUAAUAAUUUGUAUGUACUUUAUACCUCUAUUUACUAUAUUCCUUUUUUAAUUUUCUUCUUUCUUGAAUUA